GUAUAACAUGCAGCCUCACAAUCGGGGCAUCUUCAACGCAGUGUGUCGCCGGAGAGCAUGUUGCGAACAUGUUCAAGAGCACUGUUUCUUCAAGGGUGAGCCACAUUUACGCGUUUUCGUUCUGUUUCACCGUCCUCGUUGUCGGGGCUUCGUUGGCAUCGGUCCGAAGUGAUUCCGCUGCCAACACCACCGUGGUUGAGUCCAGGAUUUACCGAGAUGGUGUCUGCAGUAGGGUGAGUCCGGUUCUCGAGAAUAGAAUAGGAUUUGGCGAUUAUGCCAUGCAAGGAGAAUGGCCCUGGCAUGGGGCUAUGUUUGUUGUGGAAGAUUACAAGUGCGGAUGUUCGUUGAUUAGCGAGUGGUUCGUCCUGACUGCGGGUCAUUGUGUGUUCAAUCCAGAAACGAACUAUAAAUUCGACCUGAAGAGGCUACGCGUAGUGUUGGGGCUGCUCACGUUAAAUGAGUACCAAAGUCACACUCGGGAGCACAAAGUGAAGGAAAUAAGAGUUCAUCCGAUGUUCGAAACGGGCAAUCACAAGCACGAUAUAGCCCUGUUGCUGUUGGCCACGGCUGUCGAAUUCAACCAACAGAUUCACCCGAUCGAAGUCGACUUCAGCAAGCCACCGUGGAUCGAAAAGGUGGCUGGCAAUUUGGGAACGGUCGUUGGGUGGGGACUCACCGAUGCGGACAAAGUCUCGAACGAGCUCAUGGUGGCUGAAAUGCCGAUCGUUCGCUACGCGGAAUGCAUUGAAAGCGAUCCCCACCUGUUCGGGCUAUUGGUACACGGAGGGAUGUACUGCGCUGGAGCUCGGAAUGGGACCAGCGUCUGUAACGGGGACAGCGGUGGAGGAAUGUAUAUUUUUCAAAACAAUGGCUGGAUCCUACGAGGAGUGGUUUCAUUUGCCGCAAUUCGAGACGGCACUAAUCUGUGCAAUCUGUACAGCUAUGCAGCGUUCACUAAUGUGCCAUACUAUACGGAAUGGAUACAAAGCCAAAUGCAAGAACACCAACGGAAGUUAACGGAUUCGAUGCCGGAGCAGAAUAAUAUUACUGGUAAAGCUGAUCCUGAUACAAAACCACGAUCAUCAAUAAAAGAAACAACGACCGCCACCGCAACUAUCCAAGAGUCCGACCCGUUCACCCCACAACCUAUCAAAAUCCCUCCUUCGGAAUGUCUCCAGCAUUACGACGAAACCAUCACCGUUGAGUACGGAUCAAGCAUAUCGCUCCUCUGCCGUCACAGCUUCAACGGACAAGAGCAAUCGGUCCAUUGGUUCCGCGAAGACAGAUACCUUAGGCUGCUCAAUCUUUCCAACGAAGUUGACUUUGCUGGUUCGGUGGUUCACGAUAUCCUCACGCUACGGCACGUUGAAGCCAGCCACUCGGGAAGGUAUUUCUGUCGAGUUCAGCUACCAAACGAAAACGUUACCGACAAUCGGGUCAUCUCCGUUGUUGGAGUAGUGCCACGAUUUGAGCCCAAAGCUGAUAAGCCCGCUUAUAUGAAGUUUGUCAAUUACCUGAUGCAGGGUUACUUCAGCUUGGAAGUGACGUUCAAGGCCGACCGAGAAGAUGGGGUGUUAUUCUAUCGUAGCGACGAGUGGGGACAGGAGAUGAUGAUGCUCGCUCUUGUCAACUGUAGUUUGGAGUUUAAUUUGCUUACUAAUAAGGACGCGGUACGGAGAGUGGAUAGUGGAGCGGAAACCGUCAAACUUGGGCAAUGGCACACCGUGGAGAUUCAUUGCCAUCUGGGAAGGUGCUACUUUGCUUUGGACGAUCGAAUACAGGCAAUGUUCGAGGAAAAUCUGUUCGUUUCGAAUAGCACGAUCGAGAACUUCUACCUGGGAGGUAUUCCGCAUCGCAAUGGGAGUGGAUUUACCGGUUGCAUAAGUCAGAUGGUAUUGAAUGAUAAUCGGUUUUAUCUACGGAAGGAAGCGGUCGAAACGCAACUAGUGUCACAAUGUGACCAUUGCAUGGUGAAUCCUUGCCAGAAUGGAGGUGUCUGUGUGGAGAUGAUGGCAUCAAGUGGGUUCCAUUGCAUGUGUCCGGAUGGAUUUACAGGAAGAACCUGUUCCAAUAGAGGAGAAAGAUGCACCGCAUUGGCCUGCGUGGAGUCAAUAUGCCGGGAUUUUGAGAACGGAUUUCGGUGUGCUUGUUCUCCGGAGAGAACUGGGAAGCAUUGCCAAGAAACAAAUGUACUCAGUGGCGAUGCAAUUUCUUUCCGGUAUUUUGGAUAUGCGAAAUAUGUAAUAAACAUUGAGACCAACUUCAACAUACACAUCCAGUUUUCGUUCAGGAACUUGGGUGACGGAAUGAUAGUAGCCCACAUACUGGAGGAUAACUCUGGCUCCGGAAACUUCCUAGCCCUUGUCAUCGAUCGUGGCAUGAUAGAGCUGCGAUUCUCGCUAGACCUAGAUGUAAACGUUUCCAUACUGAAGUCAUCCGUUCCCCUGCAUCCAAACUCGUGGUAUACUGCAGCGGCCGGCUAUCAGAAGGGCUCCGUAUACUUCCAACUCAACGAUGAACCAACACUAACAGAAAGCAUCUCCAAGAAUCUCUUCUCCCACCAUCGUGACCAUUUCCUGUACCUGGGAGGUCUGGACGACAGUGUACCGCAGUAUCGAAUUCCCGGCAAGUUUUCUGACAAGGCCACCGACUUCGAUGGCUGUUUGAAAGAGCUGAAAAUAUCCAACCAAACGAUAGACGUUACGAAAAGUUUCCUCUACGCUAGGAAUGUAGAAAAUUGUAAAUAAAUGAACCAACUUCUAGCUAAAGAGAAAACUUUCCCCAGGAAAUUACUCUUUUAACGACAUUCGGGCAUCUGUCCACAUUUCCUUCAACGGCAAUAAAAAUUAAACAGUAAUUAUAA